AUGCUACCCAUCUUUAAAAAGAAAAUGAGCGUGCAGGGCACGGACUAUCAGAUACAUGAUAAAACGAUAAUGAAAGUGGACGACAAAGUAGUGAUUUCCACAGAAGAUGAAGAGGUGACAACAGUUACUUCUUCAAAUGAAUCAAAUCAAGUGACCAAUGACUCACCAUGGCAAGACCCUAUUUAUUUCAGUUCCUUCGGGAAGGAACUCAUGUUUAUAGCUACAUGCAUGUUAGCACAAUUACUAAAUCAAGCAGGACAAACCCACGCUCUCUGCAUUAUGAACGUGCUUUCAAAAUCUUUCAAUUCAGAGUCGAACAAUCAAGCAUGGUUGAUGGCAUCUUUCCCAUUGGCUGCUGGGUCUUUUAUCCUUAUCAGUGGGAGGUUAGGAGAUAUUUAUGGGUUGAAGAAAAUGUUGUUGAUUGGAUAUGUCAUCAUAAUCAUAUGGUCAAUAAUUUCCGGCCUUUCUAAAUAUUCUAAUAGCGACGCGUUUUUCAUUACGUGUCGUGCAUUCCAAGGACUGGGAAUUGCGUUCAUUCUGCCAAAUAUUAUGGGGCUUGUUGGUCACGUUUAUAAAGUCGGUUCGUUGAGAAAGAACCUAGUAAUUAGUGUUAUUGGUGCAUGCGCCCCAGCAGGUGGGAUGUUUGGCGGGGUAUUUGGAGGAUUAAUUGUCACUGAAGAUCCUGAACAGUGGCCUUGGGUAUUUUAUGCCUUCAGUAUUGCAACGUUUAUCAGUUUAUUGAUGGCUUGGUAUUCUAUUCCCAACAAUGUACCAACUAAUGUUCAUGGGCUUUCUAUGGAUUGGACUGGUUCCACUCUUGCCGUCCUCGGAUUGAUUCUUUUCAACUUUGUCUGGAAUCAGGCACCAAUAGCAGGGUGGGGUGAAGCUUAUAUUAUCGUCCUUCUCAUAUUAUCCGUGUUUUUCCUCAUUGCGUUUUUUGUUUAUGAGAUCAAGUAUGCUGAGGUUCCUCUUUUACCACAUGCAGUAACCAAGAAUCGUCAUAUGAUUAUGAUUUUAUUGGCCGUAUUCUUAGGAUGGGGGUCGUUCGGUAUUUGGACAUUUUAUUAUGUAUCCUUUCAACUAAACUUGAGACAUUAUAGUCCUGUUUGGACUGGGGGUACGUAUUUUGUUUUCGUUAUUUUUGGUUCUAUUGCGGCAUUCUUUGUCGCCUUUUCUAUAAAAAGAUUAGGGCCAGCCAUACUACUAUGCUUUGCACUGAUGGCAUUUGAUGCCGGUUCAAUAAUGUUCAGUGUAUUGCCAGUGGAACAAAGCUAUUGGAAGCUGAACUUUGCCAUGCAAGCUAUCUUAUGCUUUGGGAUGGAUUUAUCAUUCCCAGCUUCAUCGAUUAUAUUGAGUGACGGACUUCCAAUGCAAUACCAAGGUAUGGCAGGAUCAUUAGUAAACACAGUUAUUAAUUAUUCGGCAUCUCUCUGCUUAGGUAUGGGAGUGACUGUUGAGCGCCAAAUCAAUAAGAGUGGCCAGAAUUUGUUGAAAGGUUAUCGAGCAGCUAUUUAUCUAGGCAUCGGGUUAGCUUCUCUUGGUCUUUUGAUUAGUGUCACUUACAUGCUUGAAAACUUUUGGAAUAAACACAAAGAGAGUGAAAAGAAAAGACUGGAAGCAGAAACUAGUUAA